UAAAUUCCGUAAUCUCGGCGUGACCUAAGAGGCGACUAGUCGAUGUGCACGUAAGUUCUUACCAUUGAAUCAAAAAAUAUAAUAAAAAAGUCUAUAAGAUUUAGUGGGUGCAUGGGAAAUGAAUUUUUUUGUAGGUUUUUUUUGUUGUAUGAUAUUAUUGGAGAAAUUUUUUCGUACUUUUCCGUGAAUGCAAAUGACUCAGUCAGCUAUUGGCCCAUGGGUGGCCGAGGAAACCAAUACUAACUGGAAGUUUUAAAAUAAAAUAAACAAAUAAUAAUGCUAUGAAUGAACAAAAUUUUGAUCACUAGACAAAAAUAGUGGGAUCAAGGUAUAAACACAAGGGGGGAACUCAUAUUUUUGCGUGAGGUAAGACUUAAAAAAUGAAAGAGAAGAAAACAAAAACAAAUUAAGUUCGUUCAUGGUGUGAAUGUCUAAGUAGAUGAGAAGGAAAAUACUGAUGAGUAAUUCAAAGAAAAGUAGCCAUCUCACGAAGGUCCUAGGAUAUAUCUAUCGAAGAAUAAAAGCAGAGAAGACUUUUAAUACCUGCGAAAAAGUACAUAUAUGAUUAAUUUUCGUGGUGACAAUGACCUGAAGUACUUUGUCAAGCCCAUCCUAUACUUUUCGUCAUGUGUUGAAUCACAAAGCUUGUCAUUAGUGAUUAUUAUAUGACGUAACGUAGAAACUUGCUUAACCAAAGUAUGAAAUUUCCUAACUUGAGAAAAUUAAGAUAUUCUUAAUGUGACAUUGUCAACAGGUUGUUAAGAAAGACUAGACAUAUUUCGAUGAAGUCGUCGUUUAUUUUUCAAACACAGCCUACUGAGUUUUCUGGUUCUUCCUAAAUUGCUCCUGCAGCUUAGAAUGAUAUAUACAACUGCAAAACUCUCUCAUUCCUAGAAAGCCAACUCUACCCAUGUAUUUACCUAGGAUGCUUCUGCAGCCUAUGUUAGCAUGGGUUUUGGGAGCAGCUGUUCUUGCUGCUGCUACUGUUGCCGCCGCCGCUGAAACCUCAUCUGGUUGCCCAACUAGUUGCGGUGACGUUAACAUCAUGUACCCAUUUGGCACAAAGGAAGGAUGCUACAUGGAAGAACAUUUUCAUGUUACUUGUGACCACUCCUCCGACCCUCACAAGCUGUAUUUAAAUACAAGUGAGGGUAGCAUAGAGAUAACAGACAUACUUCUUUCUGGUGAAUUACACAUAUCAUCCUCGAUAGCUCUUGAUUGCUACAACAAACAAGGUCUUCAGGUUUCCAAAAAUCAAAUCUCAGUCAGAUCUGGCAAAUUUCCCAUCUCAAUCACCCGAAAUAAGUUCAUUGCCAUAGGCUGUGACACCUACGGUGUUAUUGAGGGUUUUGAGGGACAAAACUAUAGCACGGGUUGCUUGUCACAAUGUGACAGCAUCGACAACGUGAUCAACAGCUCUUGUUCUGGCAUUGGCUGCUGUGAGAAAAGUAUCCCAAAGGAAUUGACGAGUUUCAAAUUCAAUGUCAGUAGCCAUGACAACCAUACUCGUGUUUGGGAGUUCAAUCCGUGCAGUUAUGCUUUUGUAGCCGAGGAAACUAAUUAUACCUUCUCUUCUAUAGAUCUUGCAAACUUACAAAAUAGAUCAAUGGUUCCAGUGGUGCUUGAUUGGGCUGUAGGGAACCAAAGAUGUGAUGAAGCCAAAAAAAAUCUUACUAGUUUUGCUUGCAAGGCUAAUAGCGACUGUUAUGACUUUGACAAUGGUCCUGGGUAUCGCUGCAAUUGCUCCCAGGGAUAUGAAGGGAACCCUUAUUCUCCUAAUGGUUGUACAGAUAUUGAUGAGUGCAUUAUUUCAAGCCCAAGCCCCUGCAACAUCACAUGCCACAAUUUACCUGGCACAUACAGUUGUUCUUGUCCAGAGGGCUAUGAAGGUGAUGGAAGAACAGAUGGAUCAGGUUGCAGUCCAAUUCCAGAUUCCAACAACCUUCCCUUGAUUAAGAUUGCACUGGGCAUAAGCAUAAGCGUAUCAUUGCUACUUCUUAGUGCCUCCUGGCUAUAUUGGGGAUAUAGGCAAAGGAAUAUCAUAAAUCUCAGAGAGAAGUUCUUUCAGCAAAAUGGUGGGAUCAUGUUACAACAACAACUUUCCAUACGUGAAGGAUCAGUACAGCCAUCUAAAAUCUUUACUGCAGAGGACCUUAAGAAGGCAACAAAUAACUACCAUGAAAGUAGAAUCCUGGGCCAAGGUGGCCAAGGAACAGUCUACAAGGGAGUAUUACCAGACAACACCGUAGUUGCCAUUAAGAAGUCCAAAGUAACAGAACAGAGCCAGUCCCAGAUUGAGCAAUUCAUUAACGAAGUCAUAGUUCUCUCCCAAGUCAACCAUAGGAAUGUUGUGAAACUCCUAGGAUGUUGUUUGGAGACACAAGUUCCUUUACUAGUCUAUGAAUUUAUUACCAAUGGGACUCUCUAUGACCACAUACACACUGUAGGUGGCAAAUCCUCAAUAACAUGGGAGAAUCGUUUAAGGAUAGCAACAGAAACUGCAGCAGCCCUUUCAUAUUUGCACUCUGCUGCUAGCACUCCUAUCAUUCAUAGAGAUGUUAAGUCCACUAACAUACUAUUAGACAACAAUUACGUUGCAAAAGUAUCCGAUUUUGGCUCUUCAAGGUUGAUCCCCGUAGACCAAACUCAAUUAACCACAUUGGUUCAAGGUACACUUGGUUACUUGGACCCAGAGUACUUCCAAACAAGCCAUUUGACUGAAAGGAGUGAUGUUUACAGCUUUGGGGUUGUCCUUGUGGAAUUGCUAACCGGCAAGAAAGCAAUUUCUUUUGACAGGCCUGAAGCAGAUAGAAAUUUAGCAAUGUACUUUAUUUCAGCAAUGAAAGAAGAUCGCUUGUUUGAAAUUGUUGAUGAACAGGUGAUAAAUGAUGCAAAGGCUGACCAACUAGAGGAAGUUGCUAUUUUAACAAAGAGAUGCUUAAGAGUGAAAGGAGACGAAAGGCCAACCAUGAAGGAAGUGGCAAUGGAGCUAGAGGGAUUGAGAAUGAUGGAGAAAAACUCAUGGUUAAAUGACAAGAAAAAUUUAGAAGAGACUCAGUAUUUGCUUGGAGAUCAACUUUCAGAUGCUUAUAGUGGUGGCACUAGUAUGAGCAAUUCAGCAGCUUGUGAUGGCAUAGCAAACCAUGUCAUGUCACCAUUUCAUAGUGGACGAUAAGGUGUUACAUAUGAUGGUCUAUGUUCAUUAGAUGUUUUGUAAUAUUUUUAUUUCAGCCAAUUUGUCAAAUAACCCUGUGAAUUGUUUGGAAUAUUUGGUUAUAUAUGUUGAGGUUGAAUUUGUUUGAUUUUAGACUUUGAGCAUCAAAUGAUUGUC